GGUAUUAAAAAGUGUAUUUAUAGAUUUUUCUAAUGAGUUUGUAUAACUUAAUAUUUAUUAUGAAAUCUUUUUAUAAAUCAAGUACAAAAUAGUACAAAAAAUAUAGUACACAAAAUAUCUUUUCUUUGUAAUUGUAUAUAACAUAUUUUAUAAUUGAUGAUUUCUGUAAAGAUGUUAAAUUUUUUUUACAUAAAAUUUACUUAAAAAAUUUUUAUUAUAUAUAUAACAAUAAUAUAUAUACUUUAAUAAAAUAAUAAGUGAUUAUUUAAACUAUAAUAUAUAUAUAUAUAUAUUAUAGUUUAAAUAAUCAUUUAUUAUUUUAUAUUAAUAUAUUUUUCCAUGUUAAAACUUAUAGUAAGAACUGUGUUUACAUUAAUAAUAUAUUUUUAUAAAUAAUAGAGUAAAUAUAUUAUAAUAGAUUUUAUUAAUAAUAGAGUAAUAUAUAAAUAUAUAAAAAGUCAUCUAUUAAUCUUAAUGAUAUCGAAAAUUUUAAUUUAAUUGAAAUUUUAUAAAAAUAUAAUCAUGUUAAUAUAUUCUAUUAUUAUUUAAUUUGAGACAGUAAGUUAAAAAUCCAUUUUACGGGAUAACAAUGUUGUAUUAAAUUUUUUUUCAUGUUAAAGUCUAUAAAUGUGUGUGUAUCUAUAUAUAUAUAUAUAUAUAUAUAUAUAUAUAUAUAUAUAUAUAUAUAUAUAUAUUCGUGCUAUUAUUGCUAUUUUUCAUUUUUAAGAUAACUACCGCCCUCCCCUCUCUAUUAGAAUGAUGGGCUCGUCCGAUGUUUUCAUCUCUCGUCAUAAAAAAUUUUCAUGCAAUCAGUAUAUGUUAUAAAAUAUUUUAUUUUUAAAAAAUGACAAAAAAUAUAAACUUUUUUUUAAGUUACAUAUAAAAUUAAAAUAUAUUGAAAUAAACAUAAUAACAGUAACUGAUUUUUCAUAUAUUGUUUGGAUUCGGCCAUUUUGAAGUGAGGAAGGUAAGGGAGAAGAUGUGUAAUUGUUGUCAUUCAUAAUAUAUAUACUGCAGUGUCUAUCGUUACCAUUGAUAAUUUUAUAAAUAACUAUUUCCAAAAAAUAGUUAUUUUCAACAAAAAUAAUAAUUCUAUAUAAAAAUAAGAAAUAAAAUUUCCUUGUACAUAUCCCUUGGUCGGCCAUGUGUAUAAGUACAUCGUUUAAAAUGUCUUCACAACCCAUACUGAACAGCCAAUAAGGAGAGGGCGGUAAAACCACGUGACCGUUGCUGGCCAAUCGUCAGGACGAAAUUUGAAAUCGUGCGUGGUCUUUGUUCACUAUCCUCCCGUCAACGUUACUUCAGUUCCGUAAAGGGGGCCUUGUGUCGGUGUCCGUUUAUACAUGGUCGCUGCCAAAAAUCGCAUAAUUCUCUUGUAAAUAUAUGUGUGAAAGUGGUGCUUGGCCGCGAGGACGACGUGAUUUAAGGAUUGUCAAACAUACGGGUCAUCGUUGCACAGACGCAUAUGAGAAGGGGAGAGAAAUUGCGUGACCUAUUUGCAUACAACGGCGGAGAGGAGAGAAAAAAAUGUAACGUCGUCGAGACUCGGGGAGUCCAGGUCAUGAACAUUAUCGGCGGAAGUGUGGCCCGUUGAGGAAGUAGCCGGUAAGCACCGCGGCCAUGGGAAAAGAUCCGACCCGUGAGAUGUCUUGCGUUUUCACGGCCGUGAAACUGACGUUCGACGUGUACAAGCUUUAUUCCUUGCAAUAUGCGUUAAAAGAUCGAGGUCUCGUUUCGUGGAACGUUUUCAAGUACCAAUGUUCCCCAUUUACACCGUUUUCAAUAAUUAGAAGAAAAAUUCUUUUUCACGCUUGCACAUAAUAUCAAAUUUCUUUCUCUCAAACUGAUUUUAAGUUCAUCGAUGAGAAGAUUACAUCGCAUUACGAGUGAGGAGAUGUAAAGGAAAAAAUUAAUAAAGAAUAGAGAGAAAGGAUGGGGUAUCGAAGCAUGAGAAAGCCCGAGGAAUUGAACCAGUGCUAAAAAUUCGUAGCUACCUGCCAGGAAAGACUUCCGCCGUCCGACACGCUUCGACUCUUUUCUUGCCUGUCUGUAAUGGUAGUUUCGAGAACAAAGGGAUAGCCAGCCUUUACACCUGUACCUCUGCAAAUACCACAAAAAUCAGCUCGCGGAUUUUUUAAUCCUUUUUGGCGAAUUGUAUUUCUUCGUCUAGAAAAAAUACAUUUGUUUUCGAGAACACGCUGAUUCAGAAUUCUUAUUAUUAUUGAUCCAUUUUAACGUUUAAAGAUAGUGAUUUUUUCGGUAUUCGGUUUGAAAAAUUGUUUGGGAAAGGCACGUGUUUCAAAAUUUCAUAUCAAUAAUUCGAAAAGACUUUGAGAUUCUUCGUUUGACCAACUUUCUAAUAUAUUUUUUCUUCUCGAUCUUUACUACUUUGUCUUGUAAUUUAUGUGCGUGUGUAUAUAUACAUAUACAUAUAUAUAUAUAUUUUUAUCAUAAAUUAAUAAUUUUUUUUUUGAUCAUUUUCAUCAUCGAGAACAAAGUUUAAAGUUGGCAAAGAUUAGGAUGAAUGGAAAAGUUGAAGGUCGAAUUUUCGCUAACAGCAAGGGGAGAAAGCUCGAUGAGAAGGGCGCGAGAGCGUGUGCAAGAAAAUACAGCUGCAGAGUUCGACGACACGUAAUGAAAUUGACUGUUCUCGGCAGCUGGCUGCCGUUGUGAAGUAAUACCAGGCAAGAAUAAAAACAUGCCGAACUGUAUUUGGCAUUGUAAAUUUAUAGAUGAUGUUAAUACACGUCUUUUCGCUCGAACAAACUUGUUGACGGAGAGAGGAACGAUAUCUUUGAACACGAAUGUACUACUUAAUAUAGAAUAGACAAAAUAUGAAUUAAAAUAUAAUAAUAAAAGAUACGAUUAAUAAAAUCUGUUGACUCGUGAUACAUAUAAAAUAAUGAAAGAAUAUUAUAAAAGAGAUGGGCGAAGAAGAUCAGAAUCGAAUAAUAAAAUGAUUUAUGUAUUAUAGAUUAUUUGAUUUUUAUCGUCGCAUUGUAAAACUUUAUAUUUCAUAAAUUAAUAAUCACGCUAUCCUCCCAUUGACCGAUCGUAAAAUAUGUCCGCAAAUAUAAUAUAAAAUAUCCAUCGAAAAAUAUACAGUUUGUCUUAGUUUAAAUUUAUUUGUAAUUUGAUGUUACGUAAAAUGGAAAAAAAUUUGUAAAAGAAUUGUUGUAAAAAAAAAAGAAGAAGAAAAAUUAUUAAUUCAAAGUUUUGGAAAUUUCUGUGCGUGUAAUAUAAUUAAUAUAUUGUAUUAUAUAUAUUAUCGGUUUGUCACAUCAGACUGAAAACUCGUACAUCGUUGUUAUCGAACUGGUCGACAAAAGUUCAUUUAUUAGACGAACACGAUUCACAUUCGACUCACUUCAUAAGCCCUCUUCUGCACGAUUCAAACCGGUUCUCGAGAAGCGAUCACAAAGAAUCCCGCCGUUUUACGUGCACGCAAGCCUACACCGUCAAUUGGCCGACUUUGCCUCCUCUCGAUAUUUAUAAAAAUUAUUUUCCACUUUAAUCCGUCCUAUUCGCGUUCAACAUUUCGUUAAAAAUCAUUUUUCGCCGGCGUUCUUUCAAUAUUAUUAGAAAAAUUUCCGUGCGUUAUUUUGAAAUAUUUUUUAAUACUUUGAUACAAUUUAUUUGUUACAUUUUAUCGUGAUAAACGUUUCGCGGAAUAUUUAUGAUAUUCUUACGAUUAAACAGCGUAGUUAUGGCCGCUUUCUGCGAUAAGAAAUAUGUAUCUCGUCGACGGCACGUUUACAUCUUAAGGUCAAUAUUUGCUCAACCAGUUUCUUAUAUUCACUAACAGGAAACUGUUUUUGGAGAAAUCCUUUUCGGAAAGAUAUCUUUCUCUCUUCUCCACCUGUAUGGUUAGACAUUGACUUCUUUUUACCGAUACUGGUUUCAGUUCCAAAAGAAGUUCAUCAAACUCGUCCGACUAGUCGAAUUCAAACAAUACCACACACCUUUUUUUCCUCUACUUAUUCGACAAUUUAUUUAUGAACAUCGGAGUCCGGUUUCUUAUAUUGAUGUUUUUUUGCAGAUAUCAAAAGGAGUCGAAUCAAGUAUAAAACUAGGCUUCGUAAUUCACUGAGUUUUCCAGAGGGAGAAAUACCAGAUCUUCCCCUCGAUCCAUCGGAUCGUCUUCCUGCUGCUCCCACCACUCCCUCGAGUUUAUCAAUUGCAUCGUCUUGCCACAGACAUUUCGUCAGGUGUGUUCCAGGCAACACAUAGCUGCGCCUGUGUACACGCACACACAGUUACGAAAGCCUGGUGAAAGGGAAAUCUCGUCGAUUGUUGUAACGCGGAGGAGUUAUCGUGCUCGAGUUGAGUUUUAUAGCGUUGUUACGUCGUUCCAACGUCGCCGCCGCUCUUUUAACCCUUUAACCACCAACGCUGCACAUUUACACCCUACCGGGACUAUUAUCUUCCUUCUGAACGUGCAAAUAUAUGCACCCUGCUACUUUAAUUAAGAGAAGAUUACCCGAUGUACAUGGAAAAAUAUGUCUCUGACUUAAUAUCCUCCGUUUUCCUCUUUUCAAACAUUUGUAAUUUAAUAGUUGCUUUGAUUUCAGAUUAAUUUAUUGCGAUUAAGAAAAAUGUGUGUAACACCGAGAAAACCUUGUUGAUCUUGACUAUUGGAAAAUGGAUACUCAGAAGCAUUUAUUUUAUUGCCAAGUAGACGAUGCGUAAUAGUCCUCAUUACCUUUGCGGAAGGUUGGAUCAUAAUCAUUUUUAGAAAGUUUCCUCUUUCAAGUUACGUUCAUGUUCAUUUACGAAAGGAUUGCAGGAAAUGUUCAAGAGUAUAAAACUCGAAUAAUUUUAGAGAAGUUGUUAGAUGAUCUUCUAAAUCGACCGUGAUAAGUUAACUCUUCAAAGAAAAAUCUUGUGGAUCGUUUGACUAGAAAGAAAUAGAGGUAGAUAUAUAGAAGGAACCCUUUAUGACCUGCGAAGGAUUUCAGGUUGAAUAGCUCCAGGGUCUUAGGAUCGUCUAUCGCUGGAGGACCCUUCUCGGAACUUGAGCUUUAAGAGGCAACGAGGGAGAAAGAUUAUCCUGUUGCACGAACAAGAUACAAUUUUCGAGGACCCUUCUUUUACCACAAAUGGCCACGCAUAAAAUUAUAAUACACUAUUCUGCAGAUUUAGUCUUAAUCAAUGUGCCAUCCUAGGGAUUUUUUGGAAAUCCCAUUUUAGACAUUCAAAAAAUAAUUAUAAAAUUCCCCGCUCUUAAUUUUGUUUUAUCUUCUUUAUCGGUAUAAUAGUAAACGUAUAUGUCUAAAAGAAUAUAUAGGUUGUAAAUUCAAUCUGGCGAAAAGUUAAAAAUAUUUCGAAUAUGCAGAAUAACAUAAAAAAUGUUAUCGUGGCAUCAUUUGUUCCGCUAUAUAAUAUGAUAAUUUAUAUCCACGUUAUAUCUCUGCACACACUAGUAUAUUUAUUUCUUAAAACAUAUGGUGAUUAAUCGUCGAAUUCUUUCUGUUGUUCAACUGUUAGUGGAACGAUUAUUUGAUACUUGAUGUUAUUAUUACGCAAGCAAGCAUUUUUUUUCAAGAUUGUAUUUCCAUUAUAUCUUUCUUUUUGCCAGAGACAUUGAAGAGUGACCAAGAUUAUAUUUAUUAACGAUUAAGACUCGAGAUAUUUACCAUUAAUUUAAUAUAUCCAUGCUCCAUCUCCAAUCAAAUUUGUUUUUAAUUAUUUUUUCUUCUGUGAAACGUCAUCGAUUAUUUGAUGAUAAAAAUUUAAAGGUGAGAAGGAUAUUUGAGAGGAAUCAAUCUUUUUAUCCUUAUGACCUCGAUGCACAAUCUUGGGUCCUUGACCGUUUUAAUCUCGUCGCUUUUGAAGUCUGUUAUGCCUAAAAUGUUCGAUGCACUCGACAUGUGGCGCCCAUCGCGUCUGAUUGCGUCAAACGUGUCUGCCUCGUUUUUCUUUCUGCCUCUUUCAUGAUUUCUCCUCUUUUCCCCCUCCCUCUCUUUCUCUCUUUCUCAGGAAUUUCCAUUCAGAAAUUAAUUUAUCUUUGACGCGUUAAAAAUGACAACGAUUUGAAAGAUUAUCGUGUGUAAUGCGUAUCCCUCGAUAAGAUAUCUUGUAUAAUUAAGUAAAAUUAACAUUUUUCAUUUGCAUUUACAAAAGAAUUCAUUUUGUAGCUAUAUUUUUACGCUAAUUUUCAAGAAGAGUUUUGAAUGGACGUGAAAACGUUUCAAUCUCAAAGAGAUAUAAACGGUGUAAUAAAUCUGUUCGGUCAGAAUUUCAACUAAAAUUUUUUUCCUCGAAAUAAUUCUCAUUCAGAGAGAUUAACUUAUCGUUUUAUAAAUGCUGCCGUUUGUUGCUCUCGACAGGUCGAUGACCUAUGUCUGACGUUGCUCAUCUUCUUUUCCCAUUUCCCAGCUCCAUUUUCUCAUCGACCAUUCUAGCUUCAGAACCGCGAGAUAUGUGGAAAUUUUGUUAGCAGACCGCGAACAUUUCAGCACAUAUAUAUAUAUAUAUAUGUAAUACCUCACGGCUGAAAUUCUUUCACUGCAGUCAUUGCAAAAUUUUAGUUUAACGUUUUUUUUCGGAUUGAUCUUUUUCUUCAAGUAUUUUUUCAUAUUUAUAGCAAUAGCAUUUUUAUUUGACUAGUAAUGUAUACUGUGUAUAAACUAGAAAUGCUUCGAAUACGCAUAUAAAUUAAUCCGAUUCUUCGACAAGAAAAUAAUAAAAUGAUAAAAAUAACAAUUCGUUUUUAGUUCAAGGAAUUUCUCAAAUAUCGUAUACACAAUUAUUUAAGAUAUUUAUAUAAUAAUUUUAGAUUUUAUGGAAUUCUAAACAUUUCAAUGUAAACGUUCAUAAUACGUUUAUAAAUGGAUCGCAGUAUUUACACCAACUUUUCAUGCAUUCGAUUUCUUCGCUUAUGAGAAAGUAAUAUUCUAAUUGUAAUUUUUCUUUCUGGACGAAUAUUUCGAUUUUUGUAUAUUUAUUCCAUACACGCGCAGAAAUUAUUAAUAGGAAAAUGGCGUGGGUGUUGGUUUAGAAGCUUCUUUAACCCGCGAGCCGCGGCGUAUAUAAGUAUAUCGAGCAAAGUUCCAUUACACUUCCACGUCUAAGAAUAUCGUUCAGUCACGUAGACUUGAAUGUCUCGUGCGCGUAAAGGCCACUCUACGAUGGGAGUUACAUCGAGCAGGGUCAGUUCUCUGUUUGUUUUUCUUUUCAUUUCUUUUCUUUUCCUCACGGCCGAUAACUCAACCGCCCAGCUCUUUCACUUUGUACAGAAAGCAUUUUUAAAACGGCAUUUCGAUUCGACCAAUAGGGCAAUAACAAUUUUCAAAUUUAAUAAUUUAAUUUUUCCUUCAGAUUUAAGAGAUCCCCCUCGGUUUCGUGGUACGAUUUCAUUACUUUGCUCGCAAGAAACUGUAUAGUUCGUUAAUAUCAUUGAUGAUAAUUUGGUCACUUUAACAGUAGAUUGAAGAAUUUUGUAUUUUACAACUCGUGAACUCGAGUUAAAUACUUAGUUUGUUCGUUAAGCCACGUUCGAGCUUUGUUUCUUGUGCUCGUCGAGGCAACAGAGAGAUUGAAAAGAAACGUGCAAUAGAAGAGGAUGAAAGUUCUCGGUAAAGAAAUAUUAAAUACACGGGAAGAAAAAGAAAAUGAAGAUAUCGAUAAUAAUACAAAAUUGUACAAACAUUAAUAACGUGAUACAGAGAAAUCAUAGUUUAGAAAAAUUAGUCUAAAAUUAGAGAUGAUGUAACAAAAGUAAAAAAAAAAAAAUAAAUAAUUGAUCAGAGGAAGGUUAGGAUUCUGACAAAUAAAAAAACACGAUGAUAAAAUGAAAAAGAGAAAUGUGAACGAAGAAGGAUCAAAUAUUACAACGAACCGGGUCCUUCGAGCUUGAACUAGAUAGAGAUAGAACGAGUUAAUUGAGGAGGAUAGAGAAUUGAGAGAAACAGAGAAAGAAUGAACGAGAAUCGUGGGGGGAGAGAGAGAGAGAGAGAGAACUCGACGGCGCGGAACGAAGCUAACAAAGAGGGGUUGAUUGUGAGUGGAAUAGUUAAAUGAGCAAGAGUGGGGCUAGGUGAAGAGAGCAGUGGGCACAGGGGACAUAUACUACGAGUCCACGCGUUCUAUAGUAAAUCGACUAUAGUACUAUGAGUCAGUCACACCCACAAGCCGGUUGUGGGUUCAAGAUCCUCGUUGCACGCUCGUACACACUGUGUACACCAUAGCACACAAACGCACACGCGAGGUCACGCGGGUACGGACACGGUCGAGAAUCUAUUGGCCUUGCUACAAGAGAUCGUGAGGAUGAUCCUUAGAUCUGAUAAAAUCAUCGAAAUUUAUUUAUUCGCUUCUUUUAUGAAAAUAUUAUCGACGUCAGGUGAAUGUUGGAUACGGAGAGCAGACACGGUACUGAGCUGGUUCAGGGACCGACGCGGGACCCUUGGCUCACGAUGGAUUACUAUCUCGGUACAGAUAGUUUAUCGUUGCAAGAGAUGCUCGAUGUCGAUAUCAAAUGCGAAAUCGAGGGUGUUAUCGGCGGGCACACGGAGUUGGGCUUUAAUUUCACCGACAUGUCCGCUCUAGAAAUGGACGAUGAUCCUAUUGGAUGUCAAAAUGAUCUUAGUGGAUGGUUUGGAUCCACCAGUUUACUUAAUGGAAACAGCAAUAGCUCGAACAGUAAUUUCAAUCUUGACCUUAGUGGAAGCGAUGCGGCCUCCAUUAUGGUAAAUCCUAACUCGGUGAUGCCGCACAUGGCACUUCGAAGUCCUACUCCAAAUAAUAACAGACGACACUUUUCAUUUUCACCGAAAAAAGAUAUAAAAGAAAAAAUUGAUAUCGAAGAAGAGAUAGAGAAUGAAGGCAGUAAUUAUACAGAGAACGAGAAUGAAAAUGAGAACGAAAAUGAGAAUGAAAAUGAGAAUGAAAAUGAAAAUGAAAAUGAGAAUGAGAAUGAGAAUGAAAAUGAGAAUGAGAAUGAGAAUGAGAACGAAAAUGAGAAUGAAAUCGAAAAUGAAAAUGAAAACGAAAAUGAAAACGAAAAUGAAAAUGAACAAGAAAACGAAAUCGAAAAUGAUACCGAGACAGAACAAUAUGAAAACGAUAUGACAGAAACCGAAGAAGAUUCCGAGGAUGAGCAAGAAGUUUCCAAGUCGGUGACACCGUCCAAAUCGAAAACGAUCUCAAUAUCAGCUACUAAAAUGACAUCCCCACAAUAUACGAAGGCACAGACUACCCCGAAAAUAAACGGUAUGUCUGGUAUUAGAAUUCAGAACUUCAAAGUAUUACAGAGUUCCAACCAGAUGCCGCAACAUGUGCGGAAGCAGAUCUACAAUAACAACGUACACAUCAAUCCAGGAUCUACUACUAUCAGUACAGUGAAAAGAGAGAAAGAAUUUGAUCUAUCAGACUAUGAUGACAAACCCUAUCCUAAACCGGCUUACUCUUAUUCUUGUCUGAUUGCAAUGGCGUUAAAAAAUAGUCAGACAGGCUCUCUACCGGUCUCGGAAAUUUACAAUUUUAUGUGCGAGCAUUUUCCAUAUUUCAAGACUGCACCAAAUGGUUGGAAAAAUUCAGUUAGACACAAUUUAUCAUUAAAUAAGUGCUUUGAAAAAAUCGAAAAGCCUGCUGGAAAUGGAAAUCAGAGAAAAGGAUGCUUAUGGGCUAUUAAUCCAGCAAAAGUAGCAAAGAUGGAUGAAGAAGUACAAAAAUGGUCCAGAAAGGAUCCUUUAGCUAUCAAAAAAGCAAUGAUAUAUCCAGACCAUUUGGAAUUGCUUGAAAGAGGUGAAAUGAAAUAUGCAGGCAGUGGUGAUGUAUCUGAAGAAACAGAAAGUUCAGGUGAUGAAGCAGUUGAAGAAAGCACAACGUAUGAAGAAUCUAUUCACGGUCACAUAACUGCGAAUUCAGUGACAGAUAGUUAUGAUGAGAGCAGUCAGGAUUGUGAUAUAGACAUUCAUGAGCAUUUAUAUGAUGAGAUAGAUAUUGGGGACAAUAAAGAAGCAUUACACAUGCAUUUAAACAUUUCAAAACAAGAACCAUUUGAAUACGAGCUUAAUUCCGGUACGAAAAGACAAAAAACGUUAACCGGUGCAAUACAAGGAAAUUACGUGUACCAACCUGUGACUACUUCACGAAGAAAAACACCUCUUCUUGUACGAGCUGGUGCAGGAAACAGCUCAUUUCUUAAAAUCGAUUAAGUUUAGAUUUAUCAUCUAAUUAUAAAUUACCAAUUUUAUACGUAUCUAUAGCUAUAGAUAAAUCGACAAAUAUAACGCUUCAGAGAGAAAAUAUUUGACAUACAAAAAAUCCUCUAUUUAACUUAUUUUAUUUUUGUAUAAUUUUUCCUAAGAUUUCCAUUAAUAACCCUGAUAUUCUAUUUUAUAUAAAUGUUUUUAUUUAUUUAUAAAAUAAGUUUAUAAAUAAGUGAAAACAGAUUUUCAAUAGAAUAUUAGGGUUAAAUAAUUAUAGGGUUAAAUGACUUUUGUAUUAUAAUAAUGAUUAUUAAGGGAAUUGUCGAGAAGUCUUAUGAUCUAAAGAAUUUAUUUUAUAAGUCACAUCUUUUUCUAUUUUUCUACUAAUGCUCGAUUGCUAUUAUGUAACGAUCAUGAUCAUAAUUUUUACAUUAAAAAUCUUCACUUCUAAAUAAUUCCCUGGAUUGAUAAUACAUAAGUCCUUUAAAAAUAAUACUUUCUAUAUAUUCAUUUAUAUAUUAUUUCGUUUUUCUUAUUUCAACUAAUUUAAUAAUAUUUAAUGUCUAAAAUUGAUCAGUGUUUCGAAACAAAGAAAUAUUUUUAAAAAAUUAUUUCAAAUAUUUUCUACUGAUAGCGAUCGAUGACAAUUACAUUCAUCACAAUUGUAGAAUUUGAUGAUUCGUAGUAUAUAAUAUUUUUUUUUUUUUGUUAAUAUGCGAAGUAGAUACAAAUAUGUAUGAUUUUUCGAACAAUUUUAAUAAUAUGUAUAAUUGAUUUGUGAGUAAAUACAAGUAAGCAAAUAGAGAGAAAGGAAGAGAAAAAAGAAAGAAAAAAUAAGGCGUUAGAUAACAGUAUAGAUCGAUAAGUAUUUUGGUCAGCAAGUGGCCAGACUGAUGUAUUAUACUUUUUUAUACAUUGCUGGACUAAGUAAUAAUUGUAAAUUUUUAUGCAAUUGUAUACCUGACAAAUAUGAAGUUACUUAGAUUCGCAUAACCAGGUAGAGUACAAAGAUGAGACAGCUAUAGGAGGAUUUGGAUUUGUAAAAUUUUGUAGCAUAUGUAGAAACAGUUGGAAAUCGUAUACCUGAUUCAGUAUCUUAAGUUCUCGACAAAAUAUCGUGUUUUUUCUUUCAUCUUAUUCAUUGCUUCUAUAUAUAUAUAUAUAUAUAUAUAUAUAUAUAUGUAUAUAUAUAUAUAUUUUUUUUUUUUUAAUCUAAGUUUAGUAUUGAAACGUUCCUUGAUAUUCAGUUUUAGGCCAGUGGAACUAGGUAACUUUCACGUCGAACGUGUAAUUAUUUUUUUAAGCAAUGACUAUAUAUAUAUUUUUUAGUCAUUCAAGAAUAGAAAGGGAAAUAUCUUACUUAAUUGUGCUCGUUUCUUUUUUUCUCUGUAAAAUUUAAUAUACAAAAUAUAUUUCUAUCAUUCAUUGUUUUAAGUAUUGCGCGCAAGUCACUAAAUUUUGAUAUUAUAUGAUUAUAAAAAAACACACCAGAGAAAAUAUAAAAAAUGAAAUAUAAAUUAUAUUUAAAACAUAAUAUUUCAUAUACAUAGAUACAUUAAAAAAUUAGUAAAAUAUAUUAAAAUAAUUUAGGUUUGUAAAUUAGCAUUAAUUAGAUAAUAUUAUCAUGUGUGUUUCAUUUGAUGUAUUCUUUGAAUUUUAAUAUAUCUUUGAACUAAUAUCCAAUUAAAUGAUAUUAGUAACUGAUUUAUAAAAUUUACGUUUAUCUCAGGUGUGUUUUAUAAAUACAGAAAUUUGUUUUUACAUUUUUAUGAAUUUAUAAAAAAAAUGAUAUAAACGUAUAACAAAUUAAAAAAUUUUAUUUAUAUAAGUCUUAAAUGUUUCAAGUAGAUUCGAUCGAAACCUGUAAAUAAUGACGAAUAUCGUCUUUUUACAAACUAGUUUUACACAAAUGGCUUCGUCUCGCGAAGAUAUUGUAAGAUGUUACUUUAAGGUGUACAAAAGCUUUAUUUUUUUUCUGCAAAAAAAAAAGAAAAUAAAAGAGAAAAAAGAGAAAAAAUGAUAAGAAUUCGAUACAUGGGACCAAUCGUAUUAGAAUCUAUCUAAACUUAUAUUUAACUUGUAUGUACUUUUUUUUGUUAAUUGUAAAGAAUUUACUUCAUGAACAUAUUUUUGUACAGUUACUGUAAAUAUUUUUCUUUUUAUUUGUAACAAAUAAUUAUUGAAUGGAUUUCGAUCGAGCUACAUGAUUUAUAACAGCAUGAAUUUCCUUAAAGAGAAAAAAACAUAAUAGAAAAUAGAUUUCUAAGUUUUUAACAAGAAAAUGAACAUUUUGUAAAAAUUAAUAUUAGAAUAUUUAAUAUAAAUUCAUCAUUUCAUUUCUUCAAUAUUUUUAAGUCAAUAUAGACUUAAUACUUUAAGUCAAUAUAGAAUUAUUUCGUUAUUUUAGUUAAUCAUUUAACUAAUUAAAGUUAAAUGAUCUAAUUUAAUACACAAUCUGAUCUCGACAGACGGGUAAAUAUUACUCUUAAAAAAGAAAAAUCUUAUGUUAAACAUUAUUUUUUGGCUCAUGUACACCUUGAAGAAUGCCAUAAUAACAAUGGAUGUAUUUUUUUAAUGCAUUUUCAGCGGUAGGUGCUGUGAGAAUCGAAUGAUAUAUAAAUAAAAACAUCUAUAAGUCAGUUUUUUAGACUCUUUGUAAUUAAACUUUGUACACGCGCAUAUAAAUAAUAUAAUCUUCUUGAACUAAUCCGCAUUUAAAAAACUUAGUAUUAUUGCAAAAGUAUUCUCAUUGAUUGUAAGAAAUAGUAUAUGUUCGAACUUUAUAUAAUGGAAUUGUUCAACAUUUUUUUAAAUUGAAUAGAAAUUAUUUUAUCAUCGAAUUUUUAAUAGAAAAAUUUUUAAUGAUGGUAAAAUCAAUAAUUUAAGUUUUUUAUAUGAGGAAAUUAAAAAUAAAAAUUGUAAAUUUUUAUUUUUUUCUUAAACUUUAAUCAAACUUCAGUUGAAAUGUAAAAUCUUUAUAAUACAAAUAAAAAUACAUUGUAAUAUGAUAUAAAUUAAUAUUUGUAGUAUAAAAAUUGUGCUUGCGCGUUUUUGGUUGUGAAAAAUAAUUUUCUUUAAAAUUUAUAUUGUAUUAUUCUUUUUGCGAUCAGUGAGAAAUAUAAAAAAUCCAAAAUAUCACUGCCAAUUAGUGGUUAAAGUAUUACAAAAUCUUAACCACUGUUUUAACGAUCUCUUUGCACAAUUGAUAAUAUAUAUAUUUAUAUAUAUAUUUAUAUAUACAUAUAUGAUAAAUUAGAGAUCUGAUUGAUCAAGUUUUUUUUUACAUAACUUAGAAAGUAUUAUGAUUCACCAGCUGAGUAGCAAAUUUAUAAAAAUAAUAAAAUAUUUUACCCCUAAAAUGAAUUUUUAAAAAAAUUAAUUAUUUCUAACAGCUGGAGGAUAAUAAUGAAAUUUUUAAAUUAAAAAAUGAAACGAACACUGUACAUACAUACAUACAAAUAAUAUAUCCAUUGUGAUGAAUAUAAUGAUCCUAUUAUUAAAAAAUUAUUUGUGCAGAAUCUGCAUUCCAUUUGAAAAGAUUUCUAAUCCUUUAUUUUUCAUAAAAAGUAAUAUAAAAUAUAUAAAAGCAUUUUAAAGUUAUUAAAAAUUACAAUGACCAUUCUCUUAAUUUAUAAAAUUUCUUCCAUUUUUCUAUAUAAUGAAACAAAAUAAUUAAACAACAUAAUAGUAUUUUUUAAUUUUAAAAGUUAUUUAUGAAUAAAGAAUUAAAUUCUAGUGAAUGAUUAUAUUUAUAAUCCAUAAAAAAAUUAACUAAGGAAACAUAUGUUAAGAAAGUAGUUUAGCUUUUGUACCUGUUUGUAAUAUUUCUAUACGAUAUUAUUAGUACAUGUAACACUCAUGUAGAUGCAGAGUAAUUUGUAACAAUAAUGUAUAUGUGCAAUGAGAAGAUUCAAUAAUAACAUGUUAAGAAAUGCA